AUGCGGACGGCUGGACCUAAGCCCUCGUUGGAAGAACGGCGGAGAGGCGAGAUUGCCCUCAGCGAGUUCGCCGAGUACGCUGAAAAGCAACAGGCCCAGCGAUCGGCCCAGUAUUUACCUAGUGACAGCGGCUACGAAACAGCCAGCGCAGCUCCAGUAAAUGAAGACCAUGCCGAACUGGAUAUUCUCGACCAGCUGGAUCUCUCGGAUGCUCCGAAAUCAAUCAAGUUGAAGGAGUUGCUCUUGGGAACUGGUGAACAGCCAGACCAUGACCUCCAAAUACUCGCAAACAUUCUACAAACCCGCAUUGACGAAGGACAUGGUGAGACUCUCUUCGACCUGGGUCUUGAGGAUGGCGGGGAGUCCAUGUCCUUUGAUCUCAGUCAGUGGAAUACAGCCUUGCAGCGCUUGCGGGAAGCGGCGGAAACCCUUCCUGCCCACUGUCGAAUCCUCGUUACCUACAAUGUCGGCGGGCCUGAGGAAUGGCGCGUCAAGCACGAGCGAAUCAAAGGCUCUUGGGGCAAGCUCUUGAUCCGACAGCCCGCGGGUACCGUGGAGGAGAUGGCUGAGAUCCGCAUGGCAGUUGUUGGCAAUGUUGACGCAGGUAAGAGUACCAUGCUAGGUGUGUUAGUCAAAGGAAACUUGGAUGAUGGCCGAGGAAAGGCUCGACUCAACCUGUUCCGCCACAAGCACGAAAUCGAGAGCGGCCGGACCAGCUCGGUAGGGAUGGAGAUAAUGGGGUUCGACAGCCGUGGUGACAUUGUAAGCAGCGCUCAUGGGCGGAAGAUGUCUUGGGAAGAAAUAGGAAGGCGUUCCGCCAAAGUAAUAUCCUUCUCCGAUCUUGCUGGGCAUGAACGGUACCUGCGGACUACGGUUUUCGGCAUGCUGAGCAGCAGCCCCAACUAUUGUUUACUCAUGGUCGCGGCCAACAAUGGCCUCAUUGGCAUGAGCAAAGAACACCUGGGUAUCGCUGUGGCUUUACACGUGCCAGUCAUGGUAAUUGUCACCAAGAUUGAUAUCUGUCCACCGCAGAUUCUAGAGGAGACCCUUUCCCAGCUCAGCAAACUUCUCAAGUCGCCUGGCUCUCGCAAAAUUCCCAUCUUCGUAAAGGACAUGGAAGAAACCAUCAACACGGCGACACAGUUCGUGAGCCAGCGAAUUUGCCCGAUCUUCCAGGUGUCCAACGUCACUGGAGAGAACCUGGACCUUGUUCGGACGUUCCUGAAUAUCCUUCCUCACCGCGGCCAUUACAACGUGAAUGCCCCAUUCGAAUUCCUCAUCAAUGAUACGUUCUCCGUACCUCAUGUGGGUACAGUUGUCUCUGGGGUGGCCAAGUCGGGUGUGAUACACGCUGGCGAUACUGUUUUGGUUGGUCCUGACUCUCUGGGUCAAUUUACGACUACUACGAUCAAGUCCAUCGAGCGCAAGCGGAUUCAGGUCAACGCUUGUUUUGCAGGCCAGUCGGGCUCUUUCGCCUUGAAGCGCGUCCGACGGAAGGAAGUCCGUAAAGGCAUGGUAGUUCUCAAGAAGUUGGAUCAGCCUCCCAAAGUCUACAGGGAGUUCGUUGCUGAGGUCCUAAUCAUAUCUCACGCUACUACGAUUAAGCCUCGGUAUCAAGCAAUGCUGCAUGUCGGCGCAGUAAGCCAAACCUGCUCUGUCAUUGACAUUGAUCGUCCCUUCAUUCGAGGCGGUGACCGUGCGUUGGUUGCGUUCAGGUUUGUUCAGCGUCCCGAAUUUUUGGCCCCCGGAGAUCGAGUGCUUUUCCGGGAGGGAAAGACCAAGGGACUAGGGGUUGUCAAGAGUGUGGGAUACGAUCCCAAACAGCCUUUGAAUCCGGAGGCGAAGAAUGCCGCGGAGACGAGCAAACAGGUUUUUCUGCGCAAAGGCCAUGAUGAUCCAGGUUUGGCGCUGAUAUUUAUCGUAGGGGAUCACAUUCUUACUGUGAACAAUUCAUAUUGCAUUUUCGUUAUUUGCUUGCUUUUGGUGUGCUUUGUGUGGUGGCGUGGCGUUGCUGAGGGAAGCUCUAAGUAUCUACGAGUCACCGUUCCAAUUGUGCUGCCCCUAAGGGUCUCUCUUCGUCCAUAG